CGGUAACCGGCUACACCGGAAAUGGGUGCGGGAGGGACUUCCGGACACGUUUUGUUGAUGGUUGCAUCAGAAUCUGAGUGGAGGUAUCGGGAUGGCAACGGCAGCCGGGGAUCAGGCUGCGAGCUACCAGUCUGUUCUGAGCAUUAGUGAUGAGAAGGCCCGGCUGUCCGCCUUACAUGACUACCUCAGCUCUCGUAGUUACAUCCAGGGCUACACUUUUUCUCAGGCCGAUGUAGAGGUGUUCAGGCAUCUGGCAGCGCCCCCUCCUGAUCAUUACUUCCACGUGGUGCGCUGGUACAGGCACAUAGCGGCAAUCUCAUCCGACCCUGCAAUGCAACGCAACUCACAUAACACACAGCCAUGUAAGGCGAAACGCACACAACCUCAAUGGACACCCCCAGAAGCUAAAGAACAACCCCAACUGCGGCUGUACAACAGUCUAACGCGCAACAAGGAGCUGUUUGUACCGCAAAAUGGUAAAAAAGUCACGUGGUAUUGCUGUGGACCAACUGUAUACGAUGCAUCGCACAUGGGCCACGCCAGGUCCUAUAUAUCCUUCGAUAUCCUCAGAAGAGUCCUGAAGGAUUAUUUUAAAUAUGACGUCUUUUACUGCAUGAACAUCACAGACAUAGAUGACAAGAUCAUAAAGCGGGCCAGACAGAACUACUUGUUUCAGCAGUAUAAAGAGAGUAAGCCCGAGGCCGCCGCUGUACUGGGUGAUGUGAAGACUGCGCUGACGCCAUUUUUAAUCAAGGUCAGUGAGACAACAGAUCUGGAUAAGAAACAGAUGCUAGAGAAAAUUCAGACCGCUGUAAUGUCCGCCGUCCGUCCACUUGAAGAAGCGAUCAAUAAAUCCUCCGAUGCUGAGGACAUUCAGAGGCUGGCACAGACAUUACUGGAAGAAUCUGCAGAUCUGCUGUCAGACUGGCUGGACACCAAGAAGGGGGCAGAGGUGUCGGACAACUCCAUCUUCUCCCAGCUCCCCAAAUUUUGGGAAGGAGAGUAUCACAAGGAUAUGGAAGCACUGAAUGUUCUACCUCCAGAUGUUCUCACACGGGUCAGUGAAUAUGUGCCAGAAAUCGUAGACUUUGUGCAGAGAAUUGUGGAUAAUGGUUACGGCUAUGAGUCCAAUGGGUCGGUUUACUUCAGCACAGCAAAAUUUCACGCCAGCGACAAACAUUACUAUGCCAAGUUAGUGCCGGAAGCCGUAGGCGAUCAAAAAGCUCUUCAGGAGGGAGAAGGUGACCUGAGCAUCUCUGCCGAUCGGUUAAGCGAGAAGCAGUCGCCCAAUGACUUCGCCCUUUGGAAAGCAUCUAAGCCUGGGGAACCAUCAUGGGACUCUCCGUGGGGAAAGGGUCGUCCUGGGUGGCACAUUGAGUGUUCAGCGAUGGCGGGCUCCAUCCUGGGAGAAUCCAUGGACAUUCACGGAGGGGGAUUCGAUCUGCGUUUUCCCCAUCAUGAUAAUGAACUGGCUCAGUCUGAGGCUUACUUCGACAAUGACCACUGGGUGCGCUAUUUUCUCCACACCGGUCACCUGACCAUUGCCGGCUGCAAGAUGUCCAAAUCACUGAAGAAUUUUAUUACUAUUAAAGAUGCACUGCAGAGAAAUACAGCACGACAGCUGCGUCUGGCCUUCCUCAUGCACUCCUGGAAGGACACACUGGAUUAUUCUAACAACACCAUGGAGUCGGCCGUCCAGUACGAGAAGUUCAUGAACGAAUUUUUCCUAAACGUGAAGGAUAUUCUAAGGGCCCCGACCGACAUCACCGGUCAAUUCGUAAAAUGGGAAUCUCCAGAGGUUGAACUCAACAACAGCUUCUAUAACAAGAAAUCCAAUGUACACGCCGCCCUGUGCGAUAACAUUGACACCCGGACCGUCAUGGAGGAAAUGCGGGCGCUGGUCAGUCAGAGCAACUCGUACAUUGCGGGCAAGAAGGCGGCUAAACUGACCCCCAAUAGGAUGUUACUGGAGAGCAUCAGCAUCUACCUGACCUGCAUGCUUCAGAUAUUUGGCGCAAUAGAGGGCGAGGAACCUAUCGGAUUCCCUGUUGGUGGAAGUGCACAAAAUCUUAAUUUGGAGUCCACAGUGAUGCCUUACCUUCAGGUCCUGUCCCAGUUCAGGGAAGGAGUGCGACACAUUGCCAGAGAGAACAAAGUGUUGGGUGUUCUGCAGCUUUGCGACUCACUUAGGGACGAUGUUCUCCCUGAGCUCGGUGUCCGACUGGAGGACCAUGAAGGACUUCCCACUGUGGUAAAACUAGUGGAUAAAGAGACAUUACUGAAGGAAAAGGAAGAAAAGAAAAAGGCUGAAGAAGAGAAGAGAAGGAAAAAAGAAGAAGCUGCAAGGAAAAAACAGGAGCAGGAGGCGGCAAAAAUGGCCAAGAUGAAGAUUUCCCCAAGUGAAAUGUUCAAGGCUGAGACGGACAAAUACUCAAAGUUUGAUGAAACCGGAUUCCCGACACAUGACACUGAGGGGAAGGAGCUGAGCAAAGGUCAAACCAAAAAACUCAGGAAACUGUAUGAAACUCAAGAGAAACUGUACAAAGAAUAUCUGCAGAUGGCGCAGAACGGCAACGCCUAAAAGAUAAAGGCGCCGAAGGAAGAGUGUGAACAAACUGUAUUUAUUCCUGCGUGUUUCCCCGCCGGUAGCCCAGGAUGUACCGUCGCCAUGGUGGCCUCUGAGAUCUGUGACCGAUCCAUAUGUGGCUCACUGCGGGUGGUCGCGCCAUUCUUCUACCAUCCUGACUGUUACCACUGUACAAUCAGCAGCAGCGUGGAUUAUACCACGACUUGUAUACUACCAAUCACACCGUAAUAAAUUCUUUAGUA